AUGGAUUAUAAUGAAUAUAUCUAAAAUGAGCAACUAUAUGAAAUGAUUGAAAAAGAUGUUCCGUAUCUUAAUAUAUUUUUAUUUUAAGUCGUACAUUAUCCAAGUAAUCUAUUAUGAAAGAACAAACAAAUGCCAGGUUCUCUUAAUACUUUUUUACUGAUUAAUAUAAAAGGAGAAAAUUAUAAAAUAACACUCUACCUAUACAUCAAGAUAUACUCAUUCGAAUUUUAUAUAUAUAUGGUAAACUUAACCCAGCUAUUAAAUAUAUGUAAGGAAUGAGUGAUUUGCUUGCCCCAUUAUAUUUGAUCAUUAAAAAUGAAGCAGAUACAUUUUUUUGUUUUACUAAAAUAAUGGCUCAACUUAAAGAUGCAUAUAUUUCCACACUUGAUUUUACUAACACUGGAAUUAGAGGUCUUCUCUUAAAUUUUGAAACUCAAUUCAAAUUAAAAGAACCAAAUUUAUUCAAGUAUUUAUAUAAUCUCGGCAUUCAUCCAUAUAUGUAUGGUUAUAGAUGGAUUAUCACUUGUAUGUCACGUGAAUUCUAUCUAGAUUAAAUCUAUUAAAUAUGGGAUCUAAUGUUACAUAAUCGCAAUAUGCAUGAUUUCAUUAUCAAAUUUGCUAUUGCAAUUCUUAAAUAUUUAAAACCCUAGUUAAUUGAAGCUGAUUUUAAAUUAGCUUUUGAUAUUUUGAUGAAUAGCGAAAAAGAUGUUCUUCAAAUUCUCAACUUUAUGUGA